GAAAAAGCUGGCUACCUAGGUAUGGCUGUCGAAUAUGAAAUUUUAUGUACCGUCGCGAUGAGUUGUACAUCUGGUAUAGACCUUUGAUAUCCUCUCGUUUCCCCCUCUCGCUCUCGAUCUCUUUCUCGACCCUUUUCCAUCUAUCUUUGUCUUUGCGUUUUGCUCCCGGAUCAGCCAAUUGGUCCCUCACACUCUUUUUAUAUAUACUUAGCAUUAAUACCGAGACCGUUCUCGCCGUUGCCUUCUCACUCAUUACUACACAUACAGUGCGACGACGACACAAUAAGGUUGAUCCCAUUAUCUCUACUCUCUUCGAAACGAUUCGCUGCGCAAUACGACCAACGACGUACGAUCGAUCUAGAUUAAACAUUCAUUCAGAGGGAAACAAACACAAACGAUCCAAACACGGGACGAACUACCGACUCACUACUGUCGCAGACAUAGCACGCACUCGUUACCAUACUAGCAAAACGCUGCCAUUGCGACCAAGCAUCAAUUCCCAGGAGGGCCCGAAGAAGGAAACAAGAAGAAUACGAAGCAAACCAUUAACCCCAAACAAAAAAAGGAAGGCAUUUACGAAGGCAUUUGCGAACUUCUCUCGGCGCAUGGAGGCACAAUAUGCGUCUGAUUUGUUAGGAAUUUAGUUCGGGAUGUCAAACUCUCCUUCCAGAAGGCCUUUGCAUACAAGAUCAGAUUCAGAGACGAAUCGCUCAGCAGCGGUCCGAUUGGUUCCGCCCGAACCCCCUCAACUUUUGAGACAAUUGGAGGAUGAUGAAGGAGAACAAGCGAAUGAUUAUUAUCAUGACAAUGAUUUCAAUAAUAAGAAUGAUGAUGACCAAAUUUAUUCACGAUCUGCUCUUCCCACCCAGUCGGCUCAUAUUCUCUCUCCUGGUCAUUCUAUUGGCAAAGGUCAAUAUUUCUAUGGUAGGCAAGGUUCCAGCCCCGAUCCAGCCGAGUUUCACCAGAUGCCCAAAACGCAACCACUGCCAGCCACUCCUAGAGGCACGUCCACUGCAACGCAUAACACGCCUCAAAUUGCUACUCCUGCGACACGAUCCUCUACGAGGCCCAGACCCCAGUCAAGAAAGCGCCUUGUUGUCAAGGUCGGGGACGGAAAGACAUUUUCCCUCGUACCCCAAGAUGAACCACUGCCCAACGACGACGGUACCUCACAGUCUUUAUCCACUAAAACAUCAUCAUCGUCUGUACAAGAUUUGGAUCAUUCUAUCACCUCAUGCACCAAUACCGACUCCACAUACACAGCCGCACCUAGUGAGGCAACGCCUAGGAAGUCCAUAUCUGCAGAUCAUAUAAGCUGUUCGUCCUCGGAGUUCUCGAUUGUAGGUGGUGUUCGAAAAGUCCCCAAAACACCAGAAAAGGGAAAAGGUCCAGCGUUCGACUAUCCUCUUCCUCCUUUGCCAGAAACUUCAGACGGACCGGAGCCCCGCUUCCACGAUCUUUCUGCAAAACCAUCAUUCAUUUCAACAACCUCAACUGCGAGCGAGGGCACUAAUUGGAAAGUUUACAGCCAUAUUCCAGAAUCGCCGACUUACGAAUCUGUCUUUACUGCAACUCCCACCCAACCUAAUUUUGAAGUUCUCGACGGUCAAUCCGUUCUUGGACAGUCCACUCCUUCAACAACUAUCCAUCGUCCGCGCGAAGCGUCAAUCCAAGAGUCAAUUCAAGAGUCAGUUCAGGAGUCAGUUCAGGAGUCAGUUCAGGAGUCAAUUCAGGAGUCAAUCCAAGAAUCAGUUCAAGAGUCAAUUCAAGAAUCAAUUCAAGAAUCGAUCCCGGAAUCAAUCCCGGAAUCGAAUCAGGAAUCUGUAGGGACUGUCAUUCACCGACCCCAAACAUCUCAAACGUCAUCUGCGAGCACCUCGGAUAAUUCUAAUUACCAAAUUCACGAAGAAUCUGUCUCUGGCUCAGUCAUCUAUAGGCCACAGCAUCGACCCCAGUUAUCCACAAGCACUUCCGGCUAUUCGACUUCGAAUUAUCCCAACUCGAACUAUCAAAUACAUGAACCAGAUACUCCAACUUCAGUAGUCUUCAGACCCCAACAUAGACCUCAGUUAUCUACAAGCACAACUGGCGAUAAUACUAAUUACGAAAUUCAUCGUGGCCGUACCCGAGAACGCUCUGAAUCAAUUGCCGAUUCAUUUCUUGCAGCAUCAUUUUCAAGUGGCUCCAAUUACCGCAUACAUCAUCACUCUGAUAUAGAUUCAAAUUCAUCAGUCGUCCAUAGACCUCGAGCUCGAGCAGCAACCACUUCUUCCAGCGAGCACGAAAAUUACGUAUUCCACGAGGAUCUAUCCAGAUCUAUAUCUCUUUCCAGUGGUCAGGGCCCAGCACCUAAGUAUUCUCAAGAAUCUCUUCGUAUUCCUGCCCUCAGAACGAAAAAGAGGUCGAACGAUAAUUUCGGUUACUACAAAUCCAGAUCGCGAGAAACAUUGAAAUCUAGAUCAAAUCACUCGCUACGCAGUGCAGCUCACAGCCGCGCUAAUUCACUAGCAUCGUUAUCGACGAUUCACACACAACCCGACGCACAACGAGCAAUCGUGGCGAGCGGAUCAUUAGUCAAUCUAUCCACCCACGCUCAACUUCAAAAGCCAAAAGGAUUGAGUUCAUGGGCAGAGUUGCCAAGCCCCACGAGUCCCCAUAUGAUCGAGACUCCGCAUCAAUGGAGCUCACAGCUAUCGACUGUGCUCUCCGUGUCCGAGGGAACCGGCACCGAACGCGGUUCGCAAGCUUGGUCCGACAGCAUGGGAAGAAGGAGUGUAUUCGGUCUACCCAGUCGCGGCAGUCGCAAUGUUCUCAGUAUCAGCUCGUCGCACGGAAUAGAAGAUGCCUUAACAAGAUCGAGGAGCGAAUCUGUGGAUCCUCCACGCCCGGCUUGGACACGUGCUGGUCGAGGGCUCAGCAGCUCGUCUAUUCCCGUCAUAGGUGAUCAAGAUGAAUAUGGUGAUGGAAUCACCGCCAUGCAAGAUCUGCGCACUCGUCCAUCCAGGAAUAGAUUGUCCGGUAUGUUCAAUGCCGGAGCGUCUGAUACUUCCCGUACACACACCAUGCGCUCCUCAAUAAGCACCCGCUCCAACAGUUUCCUCGCAAACUCAAUCCCAACAUGGGCUAGACUCUACUAUGGAAGUGGAGAGCGUCGUUAUCUAGGCUACAGACCCGAGAGUUCCAGCGGCGGAACCCCAAGUCGCAACGGUUCAUUUAGUUAUGGGAGUGGUUCGCCCAAUACAGAAAAUUUCCCAGAUGAAUUAUAUAGUCCUCGUCGUCGUCCACGAGAAGGUCAUCCACACAUGCGAGGUUUCUCCCAACAGUCUAUGGAAAUUACCCCUGUACCCAGCGCGGCCCAAGGCAAUGGCGCUCUCAGAACCUGGUCCCUCAUCUCCAGCGUCUGGUCUCCACAUCUCCGUACCGACCGUCGGGCCGCUCGUCAAUCUGUCUGGGAGCCCCCGCAAAUCAACUUCUCGACCGAGGGCGGUUUUUUCGGCCGUCGGAACAUCCAAGUCGUUCUCUUCAUCACUGGAUUUCUCCUCCCUUUUACCUGGAUGAUCGCCGCUUUUCUCCCUCUUCCCACGAAGCCCGUUCAUGAGAUGCGCGAACGCGAAGAUAGUACCGGGCAUCUUACACAAGCACGGGAUGUAGAAAGUCGCGGCAACAAUGAUUAUGCGAAGGAAUUUGGCCCGUUGGACGAGGCACGGUAUGAGAGUGCCAGGUGGUGGAGGAAUCUUAAUCGUUGGAUGAGUGUGGUGGGACUAUUGAUUAUUGCUGCAAUUAUCAUCCUCGCUAUCGAAGGUACCCGAAAGGGAUGGUAAUUCCAUCUUAAUUCACGGCUUAGUCAUAUCCACCUCCUCAUUUUCUCCCUCGCUUUCUCUUUUCCACCACCCUCACCUCACUCCAUAUCCUCGCAUCCUCACGACACCCAGGACCCACGGCACACGACACAGACAUAACGACCCCUUGUAUAUUAGAGUAGAGCCCCUCUACCCCCUCUCUAAUAAUGAUUCUUACGACCAAAUAACGACUCUUGCAACAAACAGAUGGGUCUAGACAUUUUUUAUUUUCACUUUUACUCUUUAUUUUAUUUUUAGCGCGCGCGGAUGAUAUAUUAGCAUUAUACCCUUUCUUUACGGAAAGAAAAAGCUUGCGUGGCAUGUAUGUAUGUAUGUAUGUUGGAUAAUUUUUAUUAUUGAUGAUGGUUGGGAAAAAGGAGGAUGCAUAGGAAAGUAAGGGACUACACAGGACCGGUGAUGCGAUGGCAAAGGCGAUGAUGGCGCUAUAUGCGCUUGCGAUGUAUAUAUUGAUGCAACGUUGGACUGCAUGAUUGAUAGAUAGAACAAGAUAAAGAAAUUCUAAUGUUCAUGAAGAACGAAUUAUCAUUCA